AUGCAUUUGACAGCCACCCAUGCAGAUCACAGAUCGCUUCACAGGGAGUUGCUAACAUGCCGCCGCAGGUUGCAUGUCGGAGGAGCCCGCACAGCGCUCUUUAACUGGCUCUUUGCCAAGUCACAGGGCGGAGAACUGAUCCUGCGAGUCGAGGACACGGACAUCGCGAGAUCGACUAAGGAGUCCGAAGAUAAGAUUCUGGAGGGCCUGAAGUGGUGCGGCAUCAGCUGGGAUGAGGGCCCUGACGUGGGUGGUGAACAUGGGCCCUAUCGACAGUCUGAGCGAAUCAAGGCUGGAAUUUACGAAAAGAAGCUGGAAGCCCUCAUGGCGGAAGGCCACGCGUACCGAUGCUUCCUCUCGCCAGAGGAGCUGGAUGAGAUGCGAGCUGAAGCUGAGAGAAACGAGCAGGCUUUCGUCGUGCAGAGUCCCUGGGCGAAUGCAUCGGAGGAGGAGGUGCAGGCCAUGAUCGACCAGGGCAAGCCAUACGUUUACAGAUUCAGGGUGCCUUUUGACAGGGAGAUUGUGGUGGAUGAUCUGGUUCUUGGGGAGGUGAUCUGGAACUCUGACGAUCUCGGCGGCGACUUCGUCAUUGUCCGUCAGAAUGGCAUGCCCAUGUAUAAUUUUGGCGUCGUAGUGGAUGAUGCUUCCAUGGGCAUCACCCACGUUCUGAGAGCCCAGGAGCAUCUGAUGAACACGCCUCGUCAGAUUUUGAUGUACGAAGCUCUGGGCCUGAAAGUGCCCACCUUUGGCCACAUGCCAUUGAUCCUGGCGCCGGACCGCACCAAGCUGUCGAAGCGACACGGGGCUGUAUCGGUCGGCGAGUACCAGAAGCGCGGAUACCUGCCAUCUGGCAUGGUAAAUUACCUGGCACAGCUGGGCUGGAACGAUGGGACCAAGCAGGAGAUCUACACCAUCCAUGAACUGCUCGAGGCCUUCAAGAUGGAGCGCAUGAGCAAGGUGGCUGCCAUUUUUGACACAGACAAGUUCAAGUGGGUGAAUGGGCAUCACGUGCGGCGGCUUGACGAUGACGAGGCCUUGGAGCUCAUUGGAGCUCGCUUGAAGGAGCACGGCCUUGUGAAAGAGGUCUCCGGCGAGUUCGUGCGCAAGGCGUCGCAGCUGCUUAGAGAUCGAAUAAGCACCCUCGAAGAAGCGGUGGAGGAGCUGGUCUCGAUGCUCGAGUUUGACCUUGAGGGAAUGAUGGCGAAGGAUGUGGCCAAGCCGUACAUGGAGGAUGGUGCGCUCCACGAGACUGCGCGGCUGCUCUUGCACGCGAAGGAGCAGGGUGACUUCGAUGGCAUCGGGAAGGAUCCCCAGGUGAUGAAGAAGAUCGCCCAGGGCAUCGGCAAGGCACGUGGGGGUGUGAAAAAGAAGGCCCUGCUUGUCCCAUUUCGGCUGUGCUUGACCUCCUCGGAUCAAGGCCCAGACAUGAACAUAUUCUUCGAGAUGUUGCAGGAAGUGGAUGACAACGUGCUUUGCAAGUGUGUCUCCUUGGAGGAGCGACUGGAAAUGCUGAAGGACAAGUUUGAGCUGGACCAGCCCGUGCCGUGUUAA